UCUCUCUCUCUCUCUCUCUCUCUCUCUCUCUCUGGUUUCUUAAAUAUUUUUCUCCUCCCAAUUUCCCUCUCUCCAAAUGUUUCUAAUGUUCAGUACCUCAAGUGGAAGCACAUCAUUCCAAUCAGUGAUAUGCAGAUUACAGCAUCAGAGAAAAGUAAAGAUGAGACAAAAGGAAGAAAUCACGAUGGUAAAACCCAGAAAAAUCAAUAAAACUGGUACUACUUUUUCUGGUUUUGGCGGAGGAAGAAAAGAGCAAACUUGGGGUUGCGUGAAAGGUUGUGGAGCUUGUUGCAAACUUGAUAAAGGUCCUUCUUUUGCUACUCCUGAAGAAAUCUUUGAAAACCCAGACGACAUUCAGCUUUACAAGAACAUGAUAGGACCAGAUGGAUGGUGUAUACAUUACGAGCAAACUACGCGAACAUGCUCUAUUUACUCUGAUCGGCCAUAUUUUUGCCGGGUGGAACCUGGUGUGUUCGAAGAGCUGUAUGGUAUUGAUGGGAAGAGAUUCAACAAAGAAGCUUGCGGUUCCUGCAGAGAUACAAUCAAGGCAAUAUAUGGUGCAAGUUCGAAAGAACUGGAAAAUUUCAAUCGCAGUGUAAGGAAUUCAAAUUGUAAGUCUUAAAUAACUUUGACGAGCUAUAAAGGUUGAAUCUCAGCUUUCAAUUUUGUAGUGUUUUGACAUUUAUUCGGCGUCUGAGUUUUCAAGAGUCUAUAUAAUGGUUGCAUUCACACAUAAAAGCAGAGAAACGGCAAAAACAACAUUUCACUA